UUUUUUUUUUUUUUUUAGAGGGUAAUCGAUCUCUUCUUCUCCUUCUCUCGUCUCUCUCGUCUCUCUCUCUCCUCGUGAAAUCAACCGAGCAUGGAAGCAUCGGAGCUACAUGAUCUCUCCGACGACGCCGACUACGCUGCCUCUCAACUACAAGGAUCGGCUAGCAUGAUGCGGUGCGACAGCGAUAAGAGAAGUAGAUCUAGUGAUCCCGACGCCGCUGAAUUGAUAUAUUUGAAGGACAACGUCGCAAUUCAUCCCACACAGUUCGCAACGGAGAGGAUCAGUGGUCGUUUGAAGUUAACCAAGCAAGACGCUCUUCUCUUCCUGUCGUGGAUUCCGUACAAGGGACAAACCUCUAAUGCAAAGUUAUCAGAGAAAGACAGGAAUCUUUAUACCAUCACAGCAGUUCCAUUCACUGAAGUUAGGUCCAUCAGGCGGCACACUCCUCCUCUCGGAUGGCAGUAUGUCAUCGUCGUGCUCUCUUCUGGACUUGCAUUCCCGCCUCUGUACUUCUACAACGGAGGAGUUAAGGAGUUUCUAGCCACAGUGAAGCAACAUGUUCUUCUUGCUAGGUCAGCAGAAGAUGCAAACGUGUUCAUUGUGAAUGAUUUUCAGAGUCGCUUGCAGAAAACUCUUUCUUCAUUGGAGUUGCCAAGUUCACUGCCUGUUGCAAGUGGACAAUCUACGUACCCAUUAGAUGAAGUAUAUUCUAAUGAAAAUCAAGGGGGAACAAGUGCAGGUAUCGACAACAGAGUUUCUAAUGUUUCCCAGUAUGGAUUGAGGAAGCAGAAGAGUCAUGAUCCUACUCGUGAUCUUUCAAUUCAUCUUCUAGAGAAGUUUUCUCUGGUUACUAAGUUUGCUCGAGAAACAACAACUCAGUUGUUUUCUGAAAACAAUGGCUUUGGUUCCGCCGGCAAGAGAUGGAAUAACCAGCCCGUGCAUAGUUAUCCCGAAAAGCUGUCAAAUAUUGUUGAGGAAAAACAUGAUCAAAACCCUCAUAGUUAUCCUGAAAAGGAGCAUCUCAAUGAUGAAGAAAUUUAUAAUGACAUUGAUGUCCCUGCUGAUCCCUUAGAGUUUAACAAGUUGAGUUUGGUGUGGGGAAAACCAAGGCAAUCACCAAUGGGGUCUCAAGAGUUCACAGCAUUCUUGGAUUCUGAAGGACGAGUUGUUGAAUCAAAAGCUCUUCGAGAGAGAGUUUUCUAUGGAGGCAUUGAGCACCAUUUGCGAAAAGAGGUCUGGCCCUUUCUCUUGGGAUAUCAUGCAUAUGAAUCAACGUAUGCAGAGAGAGAAUAUCUUCGAUCUGUCAAACAGAUGGAAUAUGCAACCUUGAAACAACAGUGGCAGAGCAUCUCCCGCGAACAAGCAAAAAGGUUCACAAAAUAUCGGGAGAGGAAGGGGCUGAUAGAUAAAGAUGUGGUAAGAACUGAUAGGUCAUUUGAGUACUAUGAAGGGGAUGAUAAUCUGAAUGUCAAUAUCAUGCGUGAUAUUUUGUUGACCUACUCCUUCUACAAUUUUGACCUCGGUUACUGCCAGGGAAUGAGUGAUUAUCUGUCUCCUAUCUUGUUCGUGAUGGAGGAUGAAUCAGAAGCCUUUUGGUGUUUUGUGGCAUUGAUGGAACGCCUUGGACCCAACUUUAACCGUGAUCAGAAUGGGAUGCAUACUCAGCUCUUUGCACUCUCAAAGCUGGUGGAGUUGCUCGAUAGCCCACUGCAUAAUUACUUUAAGCAGAAUGACUGCUUGAAUUACUUCUUCUGUUUCCGCUGGAUCCUGAUACAAUUUAAAAGGGAGUUUGAGUACGAGAAGACAAUGCAGCUGUGGGAGGUGUUAUGGACCCAGUACCUCACAGAACACCUUCACCUCUAUGUUUGUGUAGCAAUCCUGAAGCGAUGUCGCAGUACGAUAAUGGGAGAACAGAUGGAUUUCGACACUCUCUUAAAGUUCAUCAACGAGCUUUCUGGGCAUAUUGACCUGGAUUCCACAGUCAGAGAUGCCGAAGCACUUUGCAUAUGUGCCGGUGAAAACGGUGCUACUAGUAUCCCUCCAGGAACCCCUCCUUCUUUGCCUCUUGAUGAUGGUAUCGUAUAUUCUCUGGACGAUGAUGUUUUGUAAGUCUUACAACUUUCCCUUUUCUUAAGGACAUGUUUCCAAAAUUACGCACAGUUAUUAAUUCAAUGGACGUAUGUUUUUUGUUUU